AUGGACGCUGGCAAUGAAACUGGCACUCUAUUUAUACACAAUGAUACAAAUCAAGAUGGAAAUAUUAAUAGAACUGAAUAUGAAUCAACAACUAGUCGAUGCAAUCGAUACAACUAUGGUGGUCAUUAUUACGAUGGUUCAGAACGUACGACUGAUCGAUAUGCUUCAUAUGGAACUACAGCAACAGGUUGUGAAUGGACUAAUGAUACGGCCAUUCAUACAAAUAGUCUAGAAGAAACAAAUGCAUAUCUUAGAAGAUCAACUAGUGAUCUUUUUAUUGAUUCUAGUCCACAAAUGAUUCGACGAACAACAAGUGAAAGUCCAAUAACGCUGGAACAACGAAUUACUGUUCGAUAUCUUCAACCACCACCUGUUCCAGAACCAGGACCACUGAUUAUAAAAGAAGUGCGUCCACGACAACCAUCACCACCUCCACCACUUGUCAUACGCGAACAUACACCACGUCCUUGUACGCCGCCUCCACUUACCUUACGGGAACGGCCACCAACACCGCCACCAGUUAUUCACAGUGAAACAAUUGUUCAAGAAUUAUCUGCUGUGCCUGUUCCACCACGAUCAGUUAUCAUCGAACGUUUUCCGCCUCAUCCGGAAAGACCACGUGAUAUUAUAAUUGAGCGAUGGAUUCCCUAUGGACCUACACCUGAACGCCGUACAAUUGUAGAAUCUGCUCCUGCUCCUAUAGAAUAUCCACGGCCAUUUCAUAACAUUAUCGUUUAUGAAGGUGUUCGAACACGUAUAAUUCGACGAUUUGAAAACCUUGGUGUUACCCAAGAAAAUCCUGAUGCUUAUGUAGCCCGUUAUGGGUCAACACUUUUAAGUCCAGCAGCACUUCUUCAAGAGGCUCGUCAUUUUGGUGUUACAGAAGAUAUAUCUCCUCCGAUGCCAACAUCUUCAAUGUAUACAAUUGCACGCGGAAAUAAUUUUGAUUGUAACUGGUCAGACGGAGUAAUUCGUAGAACCUUUACAUCAUCAGGUGUGUUUACCGAUAUUAGACGUGGCAGACCAAUAUAUAGAACAGGAUUUCGACGAUAUUUUUAA